UGUUGUCUCAGUAAUAUUAAUAUUAUUUUCUCAUUAUUUUUAAGCCUGAGUCGAAUCGAUUUUAAAAUUGGUGUUCGAUCGAUGUCAUCGAGCGCCGGUGCAAAUUUUGCAAAAUUGGUGCAGCCCCGGGCGAUUCGUUUGGUUCACAUAAUCAAUCAUCAAAAUAAACAGUAAUGUCCAACUUGACUACUACUUGCUUGAUUGAUAUCCCUCCAAAAUGAAACCGAUUGUGUAAUUAUGAUGCCUAUUCACCAUUAAUUUGAAGUUUAUUGCGAUCAUAGUUCGAGUUUUACUCGUCUGCUCGUGCCGAGAUAAUGUAUGCACGAUGAAUUCAUAAAAGGAAGUCAUCGCAUGCGCAGUACUGUGCUUUAAUCAAACCAGAAAAUAGCCGGAAAAUUGACGCGAUCAACAUAAAAAUAAACCUUGCUUUCAUGAACAAUAUUAAUAUCAUGACCAUGGAACAUUUUUUAAUCAUAAUAUUUAACAAUAAUUUGCAUAUGAUAAUCAUUGAUAUGAAUUUAGAGCUUGAUGUGAAACGUUUGUAUUUCGUUUCAAUGUUCAAUGACGGACAUCACAUGACGAUCGACUUGAGUGAGUGCACUUGUCUAAAAAAAUUAUCACGUCUCGGAUUCUCGAACAUUGUCAACAUACAGAAACUCUUUUCAAGAUCGUAAUAUCACCAUAUAAUAACAUUUUACAUGACAUAACAGAAACUUGCGUUUGAUUUUUUUUCUCCAUCAAUUUGAAGCUAGUUUGUGCCCAACUUUGGGCUCUGAUUUCAUGAAUGGAAAAUAUGUCAUGCGUCAAUGAACGCGCAUGCGCAUUGUGCUUUUUUCUCGGAGACGUCCAGGCCAGAGAUGGAAUAAAAAUUAAAAUAAUGCCAGUAUAAUACUAUUAAUACUUCCAUAUGAACAUAACAUACUUUGCUGACACUGUCAAUAUUUUUAGUAUGGCCAUGCAUAAAAUCUUAUUAAAUCGUAAUUAUUUAACAUCCAAUAAUUAUAUGAUUUAGAGCUUGAUCCGAGACAUUCAUAUUUAUUUCGAUCGCAUGCUCUUGUUGUGUCUGAAAUUAAAAAGAAAAGAAUUAUCAUAUCAGGAUUAAUUCUCGAACAUCGUCAUAACUCAUAUUCCACAAUCUCCCCUCACAAUCGUUAUAUCAGCAUUGAAUACCAAUUCAAAUGACCAUCCAGAGAAAAUUACGUAUUUAUUCCCAUCAAUUUGGAGCUCAUUUUGGAUCCAACUACACAAUCUCAGGCAAGUUACAGUGCUCCCCGCUGGUUGCACUUGUUUGCUGGCGCUGGCAAGCACGCCUGUCGUUUCGGGAGAGUGAGUGUACGGGGCUGCGGCGCAGACGGGGCUGGUGUGUGCGAGUCUGGACUGCGAGUGCUAUUUUACUGAAAAUCAUUCGGAUCGACUCUGCGUGAUUCAUGUCUUUAAUAUUGUUUCAUUUUAAACUUAUAUGUUGUCAUCUAGUUUUCCCCGCCGCACCUUCCAAAUUUCGAUGUUCGAUCGAAUGAAAGCUGUCGAACACGGGUUUUCAAAAUAGUCGAUAUGACUCGGGCUUAAUUAUUAUUAUUGUUGUUCCAGUAAUAUUGUCUUAUCAUUAUUGUCUCCACUUGUUUUAAAAUAGCAUACCUCGUCGGGCGUGAUGAAAAGUUCCCACAACUUAAAUUUGGUGGGAAGUGGUCCAUGGGGGCCUAAGAUAUGACUUCUUGACUUCAUAAGGCCAUGCAAAAUUGAUCACAUAUUGAUCGUCCAGAUUUUCUGUAAAAGAAUAAUGGUUUUUCUUGCAGUUCUUAAAAAUACAUUUGGUCUAGCAUUUCAUGACAGUCAGAUUUUAAUGAUCAUUUUCUCAAAACAUGGGGAAUGAUAAUCUCUUUUAAUCUAGUUUGAGUUAAAAGGGUUAGUUUUAGGUCUACCACCUGCCAGCAGGAAAUGGUUUUCCAGUCCUUUUUCACUUCCUACUAUUUCUUGCUCUGUGCGAAUGAUUAAAAAGAGUGCCAGAUGCACUAAGAACAAUUUGCAUUGUCAGAAAUAAGAAAACAAUGAUUCAAAUAUUUUACCAUGUUUGUAUCUCUUUUGAUUAAUUGUAACAGGCUUCAAUAACACAUCAACAGUGAUCCAAAGAGAUGGCUGAAGAUGAUGGUUACGUCAUACGGGCCCGGGGUUUACCCUGGAGUACCACAGCAGCUGAAUUGAUGGACUUCUUUGAAGGUUGCAAUAUCGUUGAUGGGGAGAAGGGCAUCAACUUUACCUUCAACAAUAGUGGCAAGCCCUCUGGAGAGUGUUUUAUAGAGUUUGAGACAGAGGAUGACUUUCAGGAGGCGAUGAAGAAAGACAAGGGUUACCUACAGAAGAGAUAUAUUGAGUUAUUCAAAUCUAAAAGGACUGAAAUGGUAUGGGUCACAAACCGCAACAGUGAUGGAGGUGAAAAUCUUGUCAAACUGAGAGGGCUCCCUUUCAGCUGUUCUAAAGAGGAGAUCGCAGAGUUUUUCAGCGGGUUGACGAUUCAAGCGAAUGGGAUUACGCUACCUACGGACCACGAUGGGCGCAAGACGGGAGAAGCCUUUGUGCUGUUUGCAUCAAAGGAAAUCGCUGAAAAGGCUUUAAAGAAACACAAGUCACAUAUGGGGCACAGGUACAUUGAGAUCUUCAAGUGUCAACGGGAUGAGCUCGGAAGGGCAACCAACCCAUCACGUGGGCGUGGCAUGAACAGACCCGGACCCUAUGACAGGAACUCUGGCGGGGGAGGUGGCUUUUCUCGCGGUCGUGCACGGAACUCUGGUUUUGAGAGGAGAUAUGGUGGUGGCGGUGGUGGUGGAAACAGUUACGGAGAUUACGACAAUGACUUUGGGUAUGGAGGCUAUGGUGGCGGUGGAGGAGGAGGUGGUGGAUACGGUGGAGGUGGAGGAGGAGGUUAUAGUGGCGGUGGAAGGAGUGGUAGAGGAGGAGGGGGAGGAGGAUGGGGUGGAAGCCCCCAGCCAUUGUUCUCAAGAGGAGGAAGAGGUGGAAGACGAGGUGGAGGAGGAGGAGGAGGAGGAGGAGGCAGAGGUGAUAUGGGAGGGGGCGGAGACUUCACAUCUUCAACGGGCCAUUAUGUUCAUAUGAGAGGGUUACCGUUCAAUGUCACAGAGCAAGAUAUCAGAGAAUUCUUCCAUGGAAGCGCCAUGCCCUGCAAUAUUGUCAUCCACGAUAUCAAUGGCAAACGAACUGGUUUAGGCGACGUUGACUUUGGAAGUCAUGAUGAGGCCCAGGCAGCCAUGAAGAAGGAUAAGAACAACAUUGGCACACGUUACAUUGAGCUUUUCCUUCAUUCUAACGAAGAAGGCGGAGGUGGAGGUGGAGGUGGGAGAGGGUUCGGCUCCGGAGGAGGACGAGGAAGCGGCGGUGGAUACUCAGGUGGUUUCAGUGGAAGGGGAGGUCGCGGUGGUGGUGGUGGUGGCUACAGGGAUAGCCAAAUGGGUGGUUACGGCGGCAGUAGUGGUGGUGGAGGUGGUGGUUACGGUGGUGGUGGUGGUAGUAGCGGUGGCUACUACGAUUCAAUGGGCGGAGGAGGAGGAGGUGGAAACAACUACGGUGGGGGCUAUCAGUGACCUACCACAUCCAGCUCCAUUCUACAAUCAACAUUUCUUUCAUGCCCUUACCACAUGUACAUGAAUCAAUACGAAGAUGGAAUUCUAUUUGUUUGAUGAUGCAAUUGCUGUAUUUCUUAUCUUUACGUUGUUGGGUGCUGCCCCUUACAUGUAGAUCUCCUCACAUUCAUAAUAGAUUAUCAAGUUGAAAUCAGAAUUUAUCUAUAUUUGAACAUGCAUGCAUACUUGACAAAAUUAUGAUUUUCUGCAAUACAUGAAUUUUCUACAGAACCUUCUGUUUUAUAUUUCUUAUUAGAAUUAUGUUCAUGAAUUUUUAACUGGUAUUUGUUACGAGGAUGUUGCACGAUUUGCAUAUUUUUAAGUCCCCAGUGGCAAAACCAUGUAAUAAUGAAUUGCCUACUACCCACGUAGGUUGUUGGUUUUGAUACUAAAUGAUUGAAUCACAAGAGAAGAUAGAAGAUCAUCAAAAUCCUCAAAUAUUUUGCCCAAUGCAAUGUAAUUCAAAAUCUUUUUGUAUUAGAUCGGAAAAUUGGUUUGAAUGUUUAAUAUGUUGACGGUAUUGGCCAAAGAGUUUGAGUUGUUUUUAACCAUGUACAGAAUACCUAAUGUGUUUUUCUAAUGUUUAGGCAUCAAAUCUAACCUAGCUUACUUACGUGUUCUCCAAUGAAGCAUACAAUUGGAAUCAAUUAUGAAUGUGUCCUGGAGAAAAACACAAUGUCGGCUAUGUGGUCAUUCAGGCAGGCAUUUCUUGAAGCGAUGUGUCAAUAAAUGGUAUUCUCUGACAAAUGCAUCUUUAACCAAUCAUGUGCAAGGAUUUUAGUAGCUUUUAACAGCUGUCAGUGAAAAUCACCAACAAAAUGCUCUGUGAAAUGCUCUCCUAAUGGACAGAUUGAUGCCUCACAUCUAUACAGCCCAUAUUGAUACAUGUAUUUAAAUUAGAGGCUAAUUAAUUAACAAAAAAUAUGAAAAACCAAGUAACCCUUACUGUAUUCUGGAUUACCCUUUUUCAAUGGAUCAAGAAUAGUUUGUAAAUAUUUCUUAAUCAUGUUCUGAUUUUCAUUAGUUGAUCUUGAGAUGGCUUAUUAAAGGGAUAGUCCGGGUUGAAAGUAUUUAUAGCUUAAUAAAUAGAGUAGAAUUCACUGAGCAAAAUGCCGAAAAUUUCAUCAAAAUCGGAUAACAAAUAACAAAGUUAUUGAAUUUUAAAGUUAAGCAAUAGUUUGUAUAAACAGUAGUCAUGAAUAUUCAUUAGGUGGGCUUGAUGAUGUCACAUCCCCACUUGUUCUUUUGUAUUUUAUUAUAUGAAAUUAGGUUUAUUCCAAUUUUUUCCUCCAAGAACUAGAAAAAUUGGAUUGACAACUGAUUUAGUGCAUUAGAUAUUUAUUGCUGCAACUUAUUUCAUUAUAAGGGAGACAUAUUAGUCACACAAGUAUGAAAUAAUGAAAAAAUUAUGAUUUUAUGUAAUAACAUAAGAAAACGGAAAGUGGAGAUGUGACAUCAUCAGCCCACCUAAUGAAUAUUCAUGACGACUGUUUUCACAAAAUAUUGCUAAACUUUAAACUUCAAUAACUUUAUUAUUUGUUAUCCGAUUUUGAUGAAUUUUUCGGCAUUUUGCUCAUUGAAUUCUACUCUAUGUAUUAAGAUUAAAUAUUUUCAGGCCGGACCAUCCCUUUAAAGUGCUAUAAUUGAUGCAUGGAUACCGACUUUGUAUACUUCAUGUACAUAUUGUAUAUGUCAGUGUAAGUUGUCAAUUUUUUUCUCAGUUCAAUUUUGUAUUUGAUAAAGGUGAUAUCAGCAUCUUCUACUUGAAGUUAAAUGCAACUGUAUAUACUUUUAAAUCACACUGUGGUAGGUUAGAUGAAUUCAUAUCUUAAUUGAAACACAAGUUACAGUUGACACAAUAUCAGUUCAAAUUGUUGAUUUCAUUGUGUUGGGUAUAAAUUGCAUGUCACAUGCCCAUUUACAUCAAGAAAUGGAAUUUAUAUGAUUGUUGAGAAAGGUGUCAUUCUAAAUAUCUUGAUUCAUCUUAAUGAUCUUAGUAAUGUGAUCAGUUGCCCGUGAUACACAUUUAUUGUGUGAUGUUAAUUGUUAUUGUAAAUGUUAUUCUCUUCUGCUUUGUUCCAGUUUUGUGUAAAUGAACCUGUUUUUCUAGAA